UUUCGUUUAGUGUAAAUUCAGUGGUGUACGCGUUCAGUUUGUGUAUUUUGCUGGGAGUGUAGCAUCGUGUGUAUUUGUAUUCCUUCCAUCAAUAUAAUUUUAUUUAAAUGAUUUCAUGAACAUUUUCAUUUGGAUUAAUUUGAGUUAUUAUACUUAAUUUACUAUUCAGAAAAUAAAAACAAAGACAAUUUUGUUGUUGUUCGUUCAUUCAUUUAUGAAGUAAAAGAAGAAAAAAAAAAAGAGUGGCAUUCUUUUAUCGAUUUGACAUUUUGAGUGUGUGUAUGCGUGCAGUGUUUUCUAAAUCAAAGGAAACUUGUUUUUGAUUGGAAAGCUAAUUGAUACUGGUGAAAUUUUGAUCGUCACAAAAAGCAUUUUUUUUACGCAUUUACCCAAAAUCUACCGUGAAAAAGCAUUUGGUGGAACAUACGUUGUUCAACACUCAGCAUAUACAAUUUUCAUACAAUUUUAUAUUUCUACCGAGAACUAAGUGACCAAAUCGAAAAAUGUCGAAAAAACCAGCGGUUGGACCUGCACUACACAAAGUUAUUAUGGUCGGUAGCGGAGGCGUUGGAAAAUCGGCCUUGACACUUCAAUUCAUGUAUGACGAAUUCGUCGAAGACUACGAACCAACAAAGGCCGACAGCUAUCGCAAAAAGGUUGUACUAGAUGGCGAAGAGGUUCAAAUAGAUAUUCUCGAUACAGCUGGGCAAGAAGAUUAUGCUGCCAUUCGUGACAACUACUUUCGUAGCGGAGAAGGUUUCCUAUGUGUGUUCUCAAUAACAGACGACGAAAGUUUUCAAUCAACAUUGGAGUUUCGAGAGCAAAUUCUCCGUGUAAAGAACGAUGAAAGCAUACCGUUUUUAUUAGUUGGCAACAAAAGUGAUCUAAAUGACAAGCGAAAAGUUCCAUUAGCCGAAUGUCAAGGUCGAGCUCAACAGUGGGGUGUACCAUACGUCGAAACGUCGGCCAAAACCAGAGAGAAUGUCGACAAGAUAUUUUAUGAUCUAAUCAGGGAUAUAUCAGCACGUAAGAAAAAUCGUUCAACUGAUGUACAACAACCGACAAAAUCUAAAAAAGUCUGCUGUCGUCUACUUUAGAAACCGAAUUGCGGACGAAAAAAAACAAUAUUUUUUCAACAUAAAAACUAACAAAAUAUGUAUCGUCAAAUGUUCUAUGUUAUUAUUAAAUGAAGAGAUUAUCGCUGUGCCGUUAGAAAUCUGAUACCGUCGGAAUAUUCUGCGCCAAACGAUACUUGAAUGGAUCGACUCAAUAAAAAAUAAAUCGAUGUUAUUUUCAAAGAAGAUUUGUUAAUAAUUCCGAUUUCAAAAAUGGAAGAAAAAAAAUAUUGCAUUAAUUACAACCAAAGUUUUAACGAUUGUUUUUUGUCUUAAAUACAAUUUGUUUGAAAAUUUAUAUCAAGUGGGUAAAUUUUAAGCAGUUUAUUUGAAAUAAACAUAUUUGUACGAAUUUUACAUACGAAACUAAAAUGAUUGUCCGAGAAUGAAUGUGAGUCUUCUCGUGAGAGUAUAUUGAAAUGUAACACCGCCAUAAGUAUUUUUUGUAUGGCGGUGUUACAUUUCAAUAAACUCUCACGAGAAGACUCACAUUCAUUCCCGGACAUUCAAAUACUAUUACCGAUCACCGCAUACACAUUAAAUUUGAAGUACUUUUCAGGUUUCGAACCAUGCACAAUUUGACACAAAAAAGAACUCGCGUGAAAUUAUUCAAAUGCAAUAAAUCAUAAAAUUAAAGUAAAUACAUAUGUUUUAAACCUCCAAAAUGUUCACUUUAUAAACGCCGUUUGGAUGCUGUUUAAGCACUACGUACACAAUUUUCGGCAUUUGCAAUCAUAAUUUUGACAAUAAAAGUGUGCUUUUACUUCUCAAUCCAAGACGAUGAAUUCUAAUUAUUUGAAAUAAAAUCACAUCUGUUAUCAAAUCGAUUAAUGCUGGAGCGCGGAAUGUAGUGUGCAGCAAUAUAUGGCAUCCAAAUCGGAAAAGUAUUAUUUUCGAUUUGGAAAAUUUAUCAAUUGUAUUUGAAGGGAAAAAAAAAAAUAAAAAUUUGCAUUUCCAGUUAAAUAUUUAAGUACAAUUUAUCAAUUUUAUCAGAAUCAAGUAUGCUUUUCAUACCAACUAAUUGCUUGUAAGUUUUAAGGUCGCUACGAUCCAAACUCAUUUAUACUAUUGAGUUUCUAUCAAAUUAUUUAUUUUCAACUACAACAUAAUACACAAUAUCGAAACAAUUCGUUUCAACGUCAUAUUCAAAUUUUGAUACAAAGAUAAUUAUCUUCGUUAUGCCGCCGAUUUUUAUAUACAUGUAUACCAAACUGAAGAGUAACCUUUCGAGUUAAAAGUCACAAUUUACAUUUUUACAACGCAAGUUCUGAAUCUUUUUAAUGAAAUAUUUUACAUCGUAUGGCAAUUUAGUAAAAGAAAACAUCACAAAAAUAACACAGCAAUGCUUUUUGCGCUGCAAUCGAACGGAUUUCAUUGGAAAUGUCAUAUUUUACAAGAUGUUAAACUAAUUCAAAAAUGUUUUACGCUAAAAAAAACUACUAUCAAGGCAAACAUCUAUUUCACCCCCUAAGUAUAUAAAGGGGACGGGAUGUUUUGAAAAAUUAUCGAAUUCCUGCACAUACUGACACAAUUAGAAAUGACAAUUGUUCAUUGUUCCAAGAAUAUUGUUUUAAAUUUAGUUCAACAUAAUUUAGCAUAUAGUUAGACACAUUUCAUAAAACAAAAAUGUAGUUUUAAACAUUGUAAAAGUUUUCACAAGCUGGGUGAUUCAUGGACAAAUAAAGAGAAAAUAAUUUAUCUUA